AUGCUGUCGUUGUCAGCCAAGGGCCGACCAUCGCUCCGACACGCUUUCCUCCCAGCGGCGGAGUUACGCAGAGUUCUGCCGCGGAAGAAGCAGCGAGCCGUUCGGUCCGCUCUUCGGCGUCCAGCAAACCCGCCGGAGAGCGCCGGCAGAGGGCAGCGCUGCUCCUUGACUGGGCGUGGAGGCUCAGACACGUUGUUUCCCACGCAGCGCAACAUCGCGACGCUCCCUCCAUCUCGGGCUCAGCCUCCCUCCCUCUCUCUCGCUCAUCUGCCAGACUCCUAUCUUCGCCCGGCGGCAGUGCAGCGGAGGACGAGCGUGAGACGGAGCAGCCCGCGGGAGGAGGAGGAGGAGGGCCUGCGGGACCACGCCGCGGGAGCCCCGGAGGCGGCUUCCUUGCUUAGCACCUCUUUCGUCCUGAAAGGUGACGCGGCUCACAACCAAGCGAUGGUGCACUGGACGGGCGACAAUAGCAGCGUGAUUCUGAUCCUGACCAAGUAUUACCACACUGAUAUGGGCAAGGUGUUGGAAAGUUCUUUGUGGAGGUCCUCAGAUUUUGGAACAUUAUAUACUAAAUUAAACCUACAGCCUGGAAUUGUUACAGUCAUUGAAAAUUUCUACAUCUGUCCUGCUAACAAGAAGAAGAUAAUUCUUGUAAGUUCUUCCCACAAUGACCUGGACCAGAGUCUUUUUAUUAGUACAGAUGAAGGUGCUACUUUUCAAAAGCAGCCCAUUAGUUUUUUUGUGGAAACACUGAUAUUUCAUCCAAAGCAGGAAGAUAAGGUGCUUGCCUACACCAAGGAGGGACAGCUCUAUGCAUCUCUUGAUUUGGGAAUAAAAUGGACUCACGUACAAGAUCACGUAUCAAAAGAUCAUAUUUAUUGGUAA